GCGGCCAAUGGGAGGCGGCGUCUCGGCGGCGAUUUGGCGGUGGCUGCCCGCAGAGCGGGGCGGGGUCCCGGGUUCGAGCCAGAGUCCGGGGGGAAAGGGUGAGCCUGGAACCUCCGGGAGGUCCCCUGGAGGGCCGCGGCCGGCGGGAGGCGCGGCGGGAGGCGCGGCGGGAGGCUGCGCGUGGCGGAGGGUGGACGGAAACACCCGCUGCCUCGUGACCCGUCGAUGCCUGGUGGGCGAGGAAACGGGUUCAGAGAGGAGCUUGAUUCCUGAGGAAUCUGACAUUGUGCUACGACGACACUCUCUUCUUCCCGUCACUGUUUAUCUUAAACUGGAGGACUUGGCAGCCUGACCCCGGGUCUGGCUCUCGAGGAGUCCCCCAGCUGGACUGAGGGGCCACUGGAAACACAGCCCCUCCUAGGCUCGGGGGAGUCGGCAGGGCCUGGGGUCACUCCUGCGGGGCUAGGUGCUGUGGGGAUGUCACACCCUUCUUUUCAUGGCAAUGCUCUCCGCAUCUUCAUUUUCCGAUGGGAAAACUGAGGCCCGAUGUGGCUAAGUGACUUGCCUGAGUUGACACGGAGAGAGCCAAGAUUCGUCCCCUGGUCUGUCUGACCUGACUGCCUGCCAAGCCAGCUCUCAAAAGCAUGUCUCUGUGCCACUGGGGUGCCACCACCAGGGACAGCAGGCCUCAUGGCAAUGGAGCUCAGCCCAUGGCCACCAGGGGAGGCCUGAAGGUCCUUCUGCACUGGGCUGGCCCUGGCGGCGGGGACCCCUGGGUCACCUUCAGCGAGGCCACACUGACCGCAGAGGAGGUCUGCAUCCACAUUGCACAAAAAGUCGGCAUCACUCCAUCCUGCCUCAAUCUCUUCGCCCUCUUCGAUGCCCAGGCCCAGGUCUGGCUGCCCCCAAACCAUGUCUUGGAGAUCCCCAGAGACAUGAGCCUGACGCUGUACUUCCGCAUGAGGUUUUAUUUCCGGAACUGGCAUGGCACAAACCCCCAGGAGCCAGCUGUGUACCGCUGUGGGCCCCCAGGGCCCAAGUCUUCCUCUGAACAGGCAGAGCAGGGCAUGCAACUGCUGGACCCGGCCUCCUUUGAGUACCUCUUUGAGCAGGGCAAGCAUGAGUUUGUGAAUGACGUAGCAUCGCUGUGGGAGCUGUCCGGCGAGGAGGAGAUCCGCCAUUUUAAGAAUGAGAGUCUGGGGAUGGCCUUUCUGCACCUGUGCCACCUUGCCCUGUGCCGUGGCGUCCCCCUGGAGAAGGUGGCCAAGAAGAUCAGGUGUCUGGGAAUGCGGCGGGAACGGGUAUCUGGGAGCCGCAAGAGACCUCGCCUACUGCGCUUCAAGGACUGCAUCCCACGCUCCUUCCGGCUGCAGAUCCGGCGGCACAAUGCACUGACCCGACUGCGCCUGCGGAACAUCUUCCGCAGGUUCGUGCGGGCCUUCCAGCCGGGCCACGUCUCACAGCAGGUCGUCAUGGUCAAAUACCUGGCCACGCUCGAGCAGCUGGCACCCCGCUUCGGCACGGAGCGCCUGCCCGUGUGCCACCUGGAGUUACUGGCCCAGGCCGUGGGGGAGCCCUACUACCUCCAGGACGCCGGGCAGGCUCCCCCAGAGCCUGGGCCGGAGUUGGCCACCGGGCCACCCACUCACGAGGUGCUGGUGACGGGCACAGGUGGCAUCCAGUGGCGGCCGGUGCGGGCAGAGGGUCCCAGAGGCGAUGGCAGCAGCAGGAAUCCCCGUGCUGGCCCAUCUGGGAAGGGAACCAAGGCCCCAGCAGCAGGCGACCAGCCAGCAGACAGGCCUCAGGAAGCGCUGUGGACCUACUUCUGUGACUUCCAGGACAUCACACACGUGGUGCUGAAGGAAUGCCACGUCAGCGUCCACUGUCAGGACAACAAGAGCCUGGAGCUGACCCUGCCUUCCCGGGCCAUGGCCCUGUCCUUGGUGUCACUGGUGGACGGCUAUUUCCGCCUGACCGCAGACUCAAGCCACUACCUGUGCCGCGAGGUGGCGCCGCCUCGGCUGGUGAUGAGCAUCCAGGACGGGAUCCACGGACCCCUGCUGGAGCCAUUUGUGCUGGCCAAGCUGCGGCCCGAGGACGGCCUCUACCUCAUCCACUGGAGCACCAGCCACCUCAACCGCCUCAUCCUCACGGUGGCGCAGAGAGAGCAAGCCCCAGGCACACAGCACGUGCACCUGCGCAAAUUCCCCAUUGAGCUGCAGGCCGGGGUCUUCACGCUGGAGGGCUGGGACCGGUCCUUCCCCAGCGUGCGGGAACUGCGAGCUGCCCUGCAGGGUUGCUGCCUGCGGGCUGGCGACGACUGCUUCGCCCUGCGCCGCUGUUGCCUGCCACGGCCCGGAGAGAUCUCCAACCUCAUCAUCAUGCGGGGGUCUCGGGCCAGCGCCGCUCCGCCCAACCUCAGCCAGCUCAGCUUCCACCGGAUCAGCCAGGAUGACAUCACCCAGCUGUCCCACUUGGGCCAAGGCACCAGGACCAACGUGUACGAGGGCAUCUUACGAGUGGGGGGCAGAGACCCCAAGGAGGGCACGGCAGACAGUGAGGACCCCCCCACACCCAGUGGGGACUGCGGGCAAGAGCUCCGAGUGGUCCUCAAGGUGCUGGACCCCAGUCACCACGACAUCGCGCUGGCCUUCUACGAGACAGCCAGUCUCAUGAGCCAGGUCUCCCACGUGCACCUGGCCUUUGUACACGGCAUCUGCGUGCAUGGCUCCGAGAGAAGUGGGAGGCGGGUGGGCGGCCUGUGCAGUGCCUGGGACUUUGCAGACAUCAUGGUGGCAGAGUACGUGGAGCACGGGCCCCUGGACGUGUGGCUGCGGCGAGAGAAGGGCCACGUGCCUGUGGCCUGGAAGGUGGUGGUGGCCCAGCAGCUGGCCAGCGCCCUCAGCUACCUGGAAGACAAGAGCCUGGUUCAUGGUAAUGUGUGUGGCCGGAACAUCCUGUUGGCACGGCUGGGGCUGACGGAGGGCACCAGCCCCUUCAUCAAGCUGAGUGACCCCGGUGUGGGCCUGGGUGCCCUUUCCAGGGAGGAGCGGGUGGAGCGGAUCCCCUGGACAGCCCCUGAGUGCCUCUCCGGCGGAGCCAACAGUCUGACCACUGCGGCUGAUAAAUGGGGCUUUGGUGCCACCCUCCUGGAGAUCUGCUUCGAUGGGGAGGCCCCUCUGCAGGGCCGUGGCCCCUCCGAGAAAGAGUGCUUCUACCAGAAGCAGCACCAGCUUCCUCAGCCCUCCUGCCCGGAGCUGGCCACACUCACCAGCCAGUGCCUGACCUACGAACCAGCUCAGCGGCCCUCCUUCCGCACCAUCCUGCGGGACCUCACUCAGCUGCAGCCCCAGAAUCUUGCUGAUGUCUUGGCUGUGAACCCUGACUCACCUGCGUCAGACCCCACUGUGUUCCACAAGCGCUAUUUGAAAAAGAUCCGAGAUCUGGGCGAGGGCCAUUUCGGCAAGGUCAGUCUGUACUGCUACGACCCCACGAACGACGGCACCGGCGAGAUGGUGGCCGUGAAGACCCUCAAGGCGGACUGCGGCCCCCAGCUCCGCACCAGCUGGCGGCGGGAGAUCGACAUCCUGCGCACGCUGUACCACAAGCACAUUGUCAAGUACAAGGGCUGCUGCGAGGACGCAGGUGGGCGGGGCCGGCGGGGCCUGGGGCGAGUGGGAGCCGCCGGCUGGAGCCUCCGGCUGGGGAACGCGGGCAGGGGUGGCUGCGGCCCGGGGCUGCCUCCUUCCCACUUUGGUCCUCUGCGGGGCACGAUGGGUGAGAGGGACUCGGCGGCCCCCUCACCGGGGGUUUUAGGAUGGGCUGGCCCGCCUGAGGGCUGGACCUGGUGUGGGCGAGUCAGGGCCCCACGCUGGGGAGGGCGAAGCUGCGGCUCUCCGAACGCGCGGCGCCCAGCCCCUGCCUCUGUUGCCCGUCGCCUGCGCGGGCCACCCCUCUGCCUUGCUUCAGGAGAGAAGUCGGUACCGCUGGUCAUGGAGUAUGUGCCCCUGGGAAGCCUGCGGGACUACCUGCCCCGGCACAGCGUGGGGCUGGCGCAGCUGCUGCUCUUCGCCCAGCAGAUCUGUGAGGGCAUGGCCUACCUCCACGCACAGCACUACGUGCACCGAGACCUGGCGGCCCGCAACGUGCUGCUGGACAACGACAGGCUGGUCAAAAUCGGGGACUUUGGCCUAGCCAAGGCUGUGCCCGAAGGCCAUGAGUACUACCGCGUGCGCGAGGAUGGGGACAGCCCCGUGUUCUGGUAUGCCCCAGAGUGCCUGAAGGAGUGUAAGUUCUACUAUGCCUCUGAUGUCUGGUCCUUCGGGGUCACCAUGUACGAGCUGCUGACCUACUGUGACUCCAGCCAGAGCCCCCCCUCGAAAUUCAUGGAGCUCAUAGGCCUCACCCAUGGGCAGAUGACGGUGCUGAGGCUCACGGAGCUGCUCGAACGCGGGGAGAGGCUGCCCCGGCCGGAGAGAUGUCCUUGUGAGAUCUAUCUCCUCAUGAAGAACUGCUGGCAGGCGGAGGCCUCAUUCCGCCCAACCUUCCAGAACCUCAUACCCAUUCUCAAGACCAUCCAUGAGAAAUACCAAGGCCAGGCUGCCUCAGUGUUCAAUGUGUGCUGAAGCCUAACAGUGGCUCUUGGGGGACCGGAGCAGGCGCCCACCCAGAGGGCCUCCCCGGCCCCAGAGGAACCCGACAAGGAGAGGCCGGCCUCACCGUUCCCAGUGCCUUAUUCCUGACUGGAGCUGCCACCUCUGUGAAUGGACUUUCCUUCUGUCUUACACCCUUGGGUUGCUGUAGCAGUCUUACGGACGGGAUGGCUUAUAAACAGAAAUUUAUUUCUCACAGUUCUGGAGGUUGGGAAGUCCAAAACCAAGGUGCCAGCACGGUCACAUUUUGGUAAAGGCCCUCCUCUUGGUUCACAGCCGACACCUACGGGCUGGGUCCCCACAGGGUCGGGGGGGCGCUGGGGAUCUCACUGGAGUCCCUCUUAUAAGGACACUUAAGGCCAAGGACACCCUCAUGAUUUAGCACCUGCCAAAGGCUCACCUCCUGAUACCGUCAUAUCAGGCAUUGGUAUUUCAAUUUGCGAAUUUUGAGGGGACACAACCCUUCAAACUGUCACACCCUCCAUGGUUAUGAGCCUGGUGCAGGCCUCUGAGGGACCCAAGGACAAGCAAGGACCUAAUCAGGCCCUUGAAUCCAAUCUUCUGGCCUCCCCCCUCCCAGCCUUAGUUAGGGCCCAGCAUUUCCACAAGCUGGUAAUAAACUCAUAGGUUCUCUGCUGGAGGCCGUGUUCCUUGGGCCCUUCUGCAGCCAGUGUUUGCUGUCCUGGGCUUUGCAACUGGAGCAGGACGCUACAGAGGAAGCCAGACAUAUCUCUGACCUUUGCUUCGACUGAAUCCCCAGCUAGCAGGCCAGUGCCUGGAGCACAGAAGGCUCGUGGGAACUACUCGCAUAGAGAUCAACCAAGAAUGCAGGGCUUGGAGGGGCCCUGCACCAGGUAGAUAAGCUUUCCGGGUUCACGCUUUCCUCCCUGUGUGACUUCAGGCAAGUGGCUCUCCCUCUCUGGGCCUUAGCUCUUAGCUCUGAACUGGGCAUGGCCAUGCUGGCUACCUAGGGGACUCAACGGAAAUAGCUAAUGGGGGUCUUUAAGUCAGAUGCUUAAUGGACAGAUAUGCAAACAAUGUACUUAAUAAACAUUUUAUAUUCUUGUUAA